AUGUUGCCCUGGAAUGACCGAAUCCACCAUGGGAGCCUUCAGUCAUCUGGCGCCAGGUUGAGGACGAGAAGUGGAUGUGGAGAAUGUCGACGGCGUCGCAAGAAGUGCGACGAGAAACGUCCGCGAUGUGGUGGCUGUACGCGCAAUGAUCUUGAAUGUAGAUGGCCUAGCGAAGUUCAGUCGAUUGAUCGACGUAGGUACUUGAAAGCUCAAUGUGAUCUGGACUCUACUAACGUACUCAGUGAAAAUAAAAGUCGGGUGGUAGAAUUGGUGAUCAACCACUCCCCGGCAGCAUCGCUUCCUCCAGUGGUAGCUAUGCCUGGUCCGUUUCACCAGGAGGAACAUUCACAGCUGUAUCGAUACUUCGCGCACUCCGUCAAUCCUUGUCUUGUUCGACGGACCUCGCUUUCUAGGUAUUCCGAGAACUCAUAUAUUCUUCGACUUGCACUGGCCCACCCCCCGCUCAUGGCAGUCUUGAUUGCUGUUGCGGCCAUAAGUACCCCAUCGCAAUCGCCUCGUCGCAUUUCACUCGCGGUAGAAAGUUAUCUCUUUGCAAUUGGCACCGUAAAAACCGGUAUACUAGAAGGGAAAUAUGCCGGCAAUGAGGAUUGGCUUCUGGCGACUACGACCUUUUUAUGCAUUUUUGAGAACGGUCGCUACGAUACGAUGCCAAACGCCAGCUCCCACAUUUUAGCAUGUGGGAAAAUGCUCACCCUCCGCAAGCCUAAGCCGCGGAACUCAUCCCAAGAAGCGAUUGUCCUUGAGCGUAUAUGCAUUGAAUCAUUUCUGUAUCAUGCCGCCCUUAUGACGCUUUUCGACCCCUCUGUGGAUUACCUCUCCAUCAUUAAACGAGACUUGGAUCUACCUGGCUAUUUUACGGACCCCGCCCAUCCCGAUGAUGCUGGUCCUGGCACUCUCGUCUCUACACAACCGGUCCUUGAUGCCUCGUAUAAAUUUUUCCUACUAAUUGCUGAUGUUACGGCAUUUGCUCAGUCGUCCACCCUAACCCGCUCUGUUGAUUACCGGGCUUGGGCCAACUUACGGGACAUGAUUGUUCACUGGGAAGAGGCUAUCAGGACGAAUAGUACCAAUGCCGUUGAAAAUCAUAUUGGAAAUCUCUAUGCGAUUGCACUUCGCAUCUUGCUUGUCCAGACAGACCCGGGGUACUCAAAUCCCCGAGAUCCGCUUGAAUCGGUGGAAAUACUCUUCUGCAGGGGAUUGAAAUUACUAACCGAACUGAGUGUUGACCAGUUGUUCUUGUACUACUAUCUGUGGCCAUUGUUGGUUGUGGGCUCUGUGGCUGUCGAGCCUGAGGAGAAGCAAAUCAUCAAACAAAAACUCUCGCAAGUGUCACAGUCUCGGCAGGGAGGCCCUGCUGCAUUGGCCAAAUACCGUCUUGAAAAGGUGUGGUUAGCAGGUUCGCGGUGCGGGGAGCAAGAUCGGCAUUGCACCCUAUCUACACAGCUCAAGACGCUCCUCGAGGGCAAUUGA